UUUAUUAACGCUUUUAUCGUUUGUUUUGAUUUGAAAACAAUAUUUAAAUAUAAUUUCAAACAAACGUUUCGUACAAUCAGUUCAUCACUUCUUAAGAGAUGUCACAAAACAUGAGAUCAAUGAAGACAUCACUCGAGACCACAGAUGACGGCAAUGAAGACAAUAAACAGCGACAAAUCUAUGCGAAGAACUCAAUGGACAGAUUCGGUGAUGAUUUGUGUGAACUUCUAUUGUCUUAUCUCUCAUUCGAAGAUCGGUUUCGAUGUGAAUGUGUGUCCAAACAGUUCCAGAGGACUAUCUUUGAGAAAAAAGUCUUUGACAACACUUCCGGACAAUUGAUGGCAAAGAAUUUGUUGACAUUUGAGUUUACAUUCAAAGGCAAUGACAUUAAUAGCCAAUUGUUGUGCCGAUUUGUGGCCGACAAUCAGUCCCUCAGAUGUCUUACCACAUUGGAUUCGUUGCAAUCGUUUCGACGAUUAAAACGAUUGGAUUUAACGCUCGGUUCAAAUGAGUGCUGCGUUUUGGGCAGAAAGAGACAAUUUUUUGAUAUAUCGAUUCCGGGCUUAAGAAUAACCCAUUUUUUGCUCAAUUUAUCGCAAAUGGACUGCAAUUUGUUAAACAAUUGUCACGAAUUUUGGCCACGACUUCAAUACUUGUCCAUUAGAUGUCUUCAUUUUGUCACAGAGUGUUUGCAUCACAUCUCAAGACUACCGGCGCUGCAAAUGCUUGUCAUUCACUGCAAUCAAGACAUUGAUCUCUCGGACAAUGAUUUGAAUGCUGUGUUGUCUUCGAGUCCUAAACUCAAGACAAUUGAAAUCCGUGUAAACAAUGAGAAGAAGUUUUAUUCAAAGUAA